UUUACAGAGUAGUAGUGAGCGGCUGAGGCGUUCCCUCCUUAUACAAACAUAAUGUUGACUUGGGUGCUUACUACCACUGCAACUGGAUUAUUGACGCUCCUGGCUUUUCAACGGAUGUGUUACCCUUACUUUUGGGAUGACUUGAUGUAUUACUUAAAACUACGAAAGGUCGGGGUGGCCGUGAAGUCACGGAUGAAGAGCGGGGUUAUCACCUAUCUCGACUGUUUUGUUCACCAGGCAAGGACAACUCCUGGCAAACCGUUCAUCGUUUUUGAGAGUCAAGUUCUGACUUACCAGGACGUUGAUGUAAGGAGCAACAAAUUUGCAAACGUGUUUAAAAACGAGGGAGGAUUGAAACAAGGAGACAUUGUUGCACUUUUGAUGAGCAAUGAACCCGAUUUCAUAUGCGUUUGGUUUGGACUGUGCAAACUGGGCUGUGAGGUCGCGUUCCUCAAUUUUAACAUCAAAUCCAAGUCUUUUCUUCACUGUUUUCAGAGCUGUGGGGCAAACACACUCGUCGUAGGCUCAGAUUUGGUUAGCUCCCGAGAAGAUGUACUAUCUAGCCUGAAGGACAAUGGGAUUGAGCUGUGGGUUACAGACAACAGCUCGUCGGUGGAGGGUUUGCGCACGUUACUGGACAAAGUGGAAGAGGCUUCGGGUGAAGCCCAGCCGCCCUCGGAAAAGACCACGGCUACGCUCAUGUCAAACUUCCUCUUCAUCUUCACCUCGGGAACCACAGGUCUCCCUAAGGCUGCCCGUGUGAGUCACAUCAAAGCGGUGAUGUGCAUGAGUUUCCUGCGUUUAUGUGGAGCCACAGCCAAUGACAAUAUCUAUGUCACACUCCCCCUUUACCACAUGUCUGCCUCCCUUCUUGGCAUUGGGGGUUGCAUCGAGCUCGGAGCCACUUGCAUACUCAAGAAAAAAUUCUCUGCAAGUCAGUUUUGGAAAGACUGCCAGAAAUACAAUGUGACUGUCUUCCAGUACAUCGGAGAGCUCUGUCGGUACCUGAUCAAUCAGCCUAAGACCGCUGAAGAGACUGCUCACCAAGUCCGAAUAGCAGCGGGGAGUGGCCUGCGAGCUGAUGUUUGGAGGGAAUUCGCCAAGCGCUUUGGCAAAAUCCAUAUCCGUGAGGCCUAUGGUAUGACCGAGGCCAGCAUUGGCUUCCUCAACUACACUAAUGAAAUCGGACCCAUUGGCCGUGCAAGUUAUUUCAACAAGAGGAACUCGCCCUUUGACUUCCUGAAGUGUGAUCCCAACACAUAUGAGCCAAUCCGCACAGAAUCAGGAAGAUGCAUAAGAGCAAAGAAAGGGGAAACUGGUAUUCUUGUGGCCCCUGUCUCUGGCAUGAACCCUUUCCUGGGGUACGCCGGCAACAAGGAGAUGUCUGAGAGGAAACUGCUCCGGAAUGUCUUCCAGGAAGGGGAUGUGUACUUCAACACUGGUGACCUGAUGCUGCAGGACCACAGGGAUUUUGUGCACUUCCGAGACCGCAUUGGAGACACAUUCAGAUGGAAAGGUGAGAACGUUGCUACAACUGAGGUGUCCGAGAUCCUGGGCGGUCUGGACUUUGUGCAGGAUGUGAAUGUCUACGGCGUGUCAGUGCCAGGAUAUGAAGGCAGAGCAGGUAUGGCAGCCAUUGUCCUGAAGCCCGACCAAAAACUGGAUGGUAAGAGAUUCUACAGCCAUUUGGUCCAGAAUCUUCCAGCAUACGCAUGGCCAUGGUUUCUAAGAGUGGAGACAUCCAUAGAUGUCACAGAGACUUUCAAGCAGCAGAAGGGGAAACUUGUCCAGGAAGGAUUUAAUCCUGAGACUGUCCAGGACCCACUCUACUUCCUGGACAGUUCCCAGAAGGACUACAUGCCUCUCACUCAAGCUGUGUUUGAUGACAUUCUCUCAGGCAAGAUACGACUGUAGCCCACAAGACAUGGAAGUGGUAACAAACAAAGAGACAUUCCUCAGCCAAUAGUAGUCAAGUACUAUUUUGAAUCACCUUUUUACAGACAGAGGGCAGUGUUUUCACUGUUCGCAUUCAAUACUCAUUGAGAAUCCGCUAACAACUGACUAGAGUGGAUAUGACUAUUCUUGUUCAACUGCAAUGUUAUUUUUUUUUUUUUAUGUCCAACAUUAUAUGAAAUAGUCUUUAAAGUAGGCAUUUCACACAUUCCUUUGGAAAGUUACAUGCAUGUGCUUCAAACUGACAGACUGUUGGUCUCUUUUUGAGCACAUAGCUUUGACCCUUUCGGAGAAGUUUUGAAUCCUUUUGAUUCAAGCGAUCUAAAGUGAUUGUUACUUAUAUAGUGACAGUGGCAUGUUCAGGAGCAUGAACAUGGCUUGGUGGACACAAUCACUCCAGACACACUGGUUCGUCUGUUUUGGUCAUCUGCACUGAUUUCAAGUCUCAGGCUUCAGUACAUCAGAUACAUUUCAGUGAAAUGGCAUUCAGCAUUUAAAACACUACAUUACAGGUAUAUUCAUUUUAUGUUAUGUGUUGUGAUUGUGUGUUGCUAUAUGUAUGUAGCAUAUAGCAUCUUAGAUUUUAUAUUAAAAAUAUCAGACAUGUUUAGCAGUUAAUAAGAUUAUGGUUUUGAUAGAAACACCCUUACGCCCAGUUUGUCAUGGUGGAUUUGUUUUUUAAUUAUUGACAGUAAUAUAAACUCAAUAUCGAUAUUGAGACAGUGUGCUAGCAGUGUGCAAAUCCUGAAUAUGCUAGGAGUGUAUAGUAGUACCCAAAGCCUUUCUGUCCAAAACCUAAAGUGGAGAUAUUCCAGAGCUAAUGUAAAGGAAUGAAAUUUGACUACAUUUUGUCAAAAUAGUUUUAAGAUUACAGACAACGAUCCCAUUGUUUGGGUAUUGCAUAUUUUAUACCUAACAGAGAUGGAUGUGUUGAGUUAAGAAUUUAUGAGGCAUUUGGGUGGAAUUCUGAUGCGCAUACACCUUACUAGCCGAUAGACCAAAUAAGCUAUCAAGCUAACAUUAUGUUAUUGAAAUACUUAGUUGUAAAAGUGUGCAAUACAAGUAGUCUUGACUGUACCCAAUAUUAAUGGGAAGAGAAAUUAAGGCUUUUGCUCUCAACUGCUUGGGUGGUAUGAAAAUGACAGAUUUGUGUAAAUGCCCAUGUAGUCUGUUGUUCAUGACAAGGAGAACAUCUGACUCUCAGCAAACACAAAUGAAAUGGACAUGCAGUACAUCUAAUGUGAUAAUAUUUACUUGGACUGUAAUGUCUAUUAAAAAACUGCUUGUUUAAAAACA